AUGAAUGAAUUGAGGAUAAAAAUUUUAAAUAAAUAUAGAAAUAUGUAUAAAAUUAAUUUACAGUAUAAAAAUAAACAAAAACAGAAAUCUAGAAAGAAUUAUAACAACAAUAAAGUCAAAGUAAACAAACUGAGAAAUAAAAGACGAAUUACCAAAAGAAAAGAAAUGAGUAGUAUUGAUAAAGUUAUUAAU